UCUAAAACUGGUACUCCCUCAACCAGUAAGUGCACAGAGGAGGCCCACUAUAUGAUAUUUAUGAGUACAUGGUCAAACAAAAUAACCUGAGCAAUGCACUUAAUUAUAAUUGAUGACUUUAUAAAAACAAAAUACAAAUGUUUUGCCUGUCAUUAUUAAGUACUUUGUACAGAUAUAAUUUAUGUUUAAAUGAUUAUUUUAAAAUACAUAUAUGAGUAGCAACAAUGAAGAUGCAACAUGAGAGCAGCUUUAUUGUUAUCAAAACGUAGCCCAAAAGGUGUUAUAUUAAAGGAUCAGUGUGUAGAUUUUAGUGACAUCUAGUGGUGAGUUUGCGUGUUGCACUCUUGUUGACUUUUCUCUGUUUCGUGUGCCUCACAGAAAAAGGUGGAACCAUGGACAUCGGUGGUUUGGAGACGGUGGUGGCGAACUCUGCCUAUGUGUCCGCCCGAGGCAGCGUGGACGGAUCUGCAGCAGCCUCCAUGCGUGAUAAGAAGAUGCGUGCCAGGUUGAAACUGCCGCACAUCAGAGAUUGUGAACACAUGAAGACAACUGUAGACACGGAAUUUGACAGCAUGUGCGUCACGCAGCCCGUCGGCAAGCGCCUGUUCCAAAUGUAUCUGGAAAGCGAAGCAACCCAUAAAAACACUGGGGAGAUGUGGAAGGACUUUGAAGACUACAAAAUAUGCCAGGAGAAGGACAGAGUGCAAAAGUCCCAAAAAAUAGUCAAUAAGUAUUACGAGUCAGCAUCAAAGAAUUUCUGCAAGUUCCUGGAGGAGAAGGCUGUCACUCGGGUCAAAGAAGACUACAAGAACGUCCACGGUGACCUGUUUAAAGAGAGUGAGCAGCAGCUGCUCAAACACCUGGAGAAGAAUGGCCUGGACGGCUUCAAGAACAGCAUGUACUUCCUGCGCUAUGUUCAGUUCAAAUGGUUGGAGAGCCAGCCUGUGGAUGAGGAGUGGUUCAAUGACUUCAGGGUCCUGGGCAAAGGAGGUUUCGGGGAAGUGUUUGCUUGCCAGGCCAAGGCAACAGGCAAAAUGUACGCCAACAAGAAACUGGAGAAAAAGAGGCUCAAGAAACGCAAAGGCUACGAGGGAGCGAUCGUGGAGAAGCGCAUCCUCGCAAAGGUUCACAGUCGCUUCAUCGUGACACUGGCUUACGCUUUCCAGACCAAGACAGACCUCUGCCUAGUUAUGACUAUCAUGAACGGUGGUGAUCUCAGGUUUCAUAUGUAUAAUGUGGAUGAGAAGAAUCCUGGUUUUGAUGACAAACGAGCACGUUUCUACACAGCUCAGAUCAUCUGUGGGCUGGAGCACCUUCACCAGCACAGGAUCAUCUACAGAGACCUCAAACCAGAGAAUGUCCUGCUGGAUGAUGCAGGACACGUCCGCCUGUCAGAUUUGGGUCUGGCUGUUGAGCUUCCACCAGGAAAAGACAAAACUGCUGGAUAUGCUGGAACCCCUGGUUUCAUGGCCCCGGAGUUGCUCCAGAAGAAGGAGUACGACUACUCAGUGGACUAUUUUACUCUGGGAGUCACCCUGUUUGAGAUGAUUGCUGCCAAAGGGCCCUUUAGAACUCGUGGAGAGAAGGUUGAGAAUGAUGAGGUCAUGCGCAGAAUCCUGAACGAUGCAGUUUCCUACACACCGACCUUCAGCAAUGAGUGCAAGGCCCUGUGUGAAGCCCUGAUGGAGAAGGACCCAGCGAAACGUGUCGGUUUCAAAAAUAAUGAUUGCUCCGAGCUCAAGAAUCAUCCCUACUUUAAAGAGGUUAACUGGGGCCGUCUGGAUGCAGGCAUGCUACCGCCACCGUUUGUCCCCGAUCCCAGGAUGGUCUACGCCAAAGACAUUGACGAUGUGGGCGCCUUCAGCACAAUCAAAGGCCUGGUCCUAGAUAACAAGGACACCGAGUUCUACAAUGACUUUUCUUCUGGUAACGUCCCGAUCCCGUGGCAGGAGGAGAUGAUUGAGACCGGUGUGUUUGGAGAGCUGAACAUCUGGGGCGAGGGCGGAAAGCUGCCCAAUGACCUCGACCCGAACUUCGUGGAGGCCAAGGGUGGGGGGUGUGUCCUGCUGUGAGUUAGGGCAAGAGAACAAAUUGAGUAUGUGCUCAUUUGGUGCCGCAUACUGUUUAUUUUCUUUGAACCAUUUGUACCAUAAUCUGUAUAAGCUUAUCAUUAUACAACUAAUACCUAUAUAUUUAUACACCAC